AUGAAUUUCCCCAUAAGCACAAAAUAUUCAUUUGUCAGAAACAUCGAUGACUGCUACCGUCUCUGUUACACUCUAGCACAAGAAUGUGUUCUUUUUGAAAUAAGGAAUGAUUACGAAAAAGCCUACAAGAAAUGGAUGAAUCUUCACACUUUCAUCACCAGCUCCAUUAGUUCCUUCAAGAAACAUUUCCCAAUGAAGCUACUCGAUAAUUCUAAAAGAAACAUGGACCCCAUAGAAUUCGACCUUUUCCAAAGCCUUUCAAAUCUAGAUAAGCAGGCCAUUAACGGCGCCCAUUUGUGUUUUGAAAUCAUAGUCAGAAGCAAACUUCCCAAAGAGAAUGAUGGUAAUGCUCAUCAUCAUACUUACUCAGGCGGUAAUAACCCAGCGAUUUUCCAUGAGCCACAAAAUAUGGAAAGCAACAAAUAUCAUACUCCAGCAAAUAGUGGAGUAAAAGAUUACCAUAAACGAAUGCAAAUUUCAACCGCAACCACACUUUCAGGCCAAAAAAAUGAUACAUUUACUCCUCAGUCCCAUUCAACAAACGCCACUUCAACACAACUAAACUCGAAUCAUUCAGGCUUCAUACCUGCAUCCAUCACUGACAGGAAUAUCACUCUACUUUCAGAACCGAGAAUUAACUUGAUGAAUUACAAUGAAUCAAAUAAUGACUUUACAGAAGAUGGAGCUUCCAUAAUCGCAAGUAAAUCUCUUCAAAUGAAUGAUUCUUCCCCGAUUCAUUCUGAAAUAUGUCUGUCUCUUAAUACAGAUUUUGAAGAAGGAUCAUCUUCAACAAAGAGCAACAACACCGCAAGAGAUCACGAUAUUAAUGAAAACUCCAACAUCAAUAGUAGGAGUGAAUCUACAAGCAAUCAAACUCACCAUCCAGGAUCUACUAACACUGCUUUGAAAACAGUACCGCCUGGCAAUAAUAAAAAACCUAUUAUUUCACAUUCUAAUCAACUAGCCACCAUAUCUAAGCACGAUGUCAAGUCCGCACAAAUUAUCAACAACCAACCAACAACGGUAAGGCCAACUCAUCAGUAUGGAACCUCAAAAUCACUAAAUGAACCUAUUGUUCACUCAACUGAAUCAAAAGGAAACAGUAUUCCUACACCAUCAAAUAAAGAUUUACACUCAGCAUUCAGGCUUUCAAUUCCCUCAGAAUAUCAUACUGAUAUUUUUGACAACAAGGUAAAACAGCAGGCAUUUGAUGAUCUUCUAUACUCCGGAAAAAACACACUACAACCUAAUCGGUUACUAGAUUUUGAUAUAGCCGCGCCAAUGGUUUACCUUUCACCUAUGGAUUAUCACAAACUGCGGGAAUCCAGGUUACGCAAAUCCAUGUCUGAUAGUGAUCUUUUGAGCGCCAGAGUACUGUCAGUAUACACUUCCCAAUCGAAUUUAUUAGGAGAUAUCGUCUCAAUGGUGGAGAGCUAUGAAGAGGAGAAUAAAGGCACUGCUUCUAUUUCUUCUUCGUUAUCUAGGUCUUCGGCAUCAAGUUGUGUUGAUGACAUGGAAUCCAACUCAAGUACAGAUAAUGAAACCCAUGGAAAAUGUGGGAAUAAUCAAUUGUAUGAGCAAGCCAAAAAUAAUAUAAUUCUUGAAAUAGCCCCAGGAAGAGGUGAGGAACAUAGAAUUGUUGAACAUUAUCAAACAGACCCCAAAUACAAUGCUUUAUUAACCGAUGAUUUCUGUGAUGAACCAGAAGGUAGUGAACAGCAGCUAACACAGAAUGAAGAAAAGGAAAUGAACCAUCGAACAGGAAAUAAUAGCAAUAGGCUCAAUGAAAUAAUGAAUGGAGUACAUAACUCAAACAACAUUCAUGAUUUUGUUGCACCAUUGAGCAUGAAUACGCUUCUUGAACAUAAGAGAUCCAGUGAUACAUUAAAGAAAUUGAUGGAUGAGUUACACUUAGAGAAAGGCGAGUUUAAAGAUGAGGAAGAUAAUGCAACUAUUUUCACAGAGUUAGAUACCUUGACGGCUCCCCAUAUCAGGAAUUAUUCACAUCCAAGAAACAGCAGGGCGACCAACUCAUCAAAUAGAUGUAUCAACAAUAUCGGAAUUGAUAUGGGUCAUUUUGGCAUCGAGCAAGAAUUUUCUGCUAUUGAUCUUUUGAAGUCCAGUAAUCACUCAAGUAUGAUAUUGCUGGAUAUCCAUGGACCACCAGGUACACUUAAAAGUGUUCGCAGUUAUCAAGGUAGUUUAUAUAGAAAUACUUUUGGAAGCACUGCGAAUUUAUUAGAUAUUCCCUUCAGUGACCUUCCGCAAGGUGAAUUCCAAGUUAAUGAGAUUCCUGAACAAAUUUUUGAUAAUUGGCCCACAGCUGAAAUUCCAAACCAUAAGCAAACUAUGGAAGUUGGAAAAAUUGAAAAACGCAUUGCAAUUGAGGAUGCUACGAUUAAUAAUUUUGAAUCCGUUGAAGAUGAUGUGAAGGAGCAACAGGAAUUUAGUGCUGCUUAUUCUGAAUCAGUACUCUCAGCCAGUGUGAUUGAAAAAGUUGAGGAUGAAUAUCGUCAACCUCAGACAAAUAGGGACGAUGAGCUUGAGACAAAUGCGUGCAUGAUCACAAAUGGCUCAACUUUACCUAGCCAAAGUAAACAGAAUAAGGAAAUGUUGAGAUCCAGAAAGCCGGAGCAAGAUUUUAUGAAGGAAAAGAUCAAGACUGAGUUUUCUCGAAUUCCAAAUGUUAUGAAAAUUAUUUCAAAUGAUACUCCAGUAAGCAGGAACAAAAAUUUUGGUAAUGGCUAUACUAUUUCCAACAGUGAUUACUCGAAUAAAAGUGGGGUUACUCUUAAUGUUAAACUAGAAACUACCUGUUUGCAGGCCAUCCAAAUAUCUCCAACAUUUAGUCAUCCCACAAAGUUUGGUAAACCACCACAAGAUGCCUUUGUCAAGGGGAAAAUCAAUAAUGACGGAGCUCAGUCUUUGGGUACCACUCUUACCAAAUUCAAUGACACAAUGAUUAAUAGUGACGUUUUUUCAUUCAAAGAACCCUCAGCCCCGCAUUCGUCCAAAUCUCGUCCUUUUAUCAGGCAAAAAUUGAAUCUACCACCAUUGCCACGUACCGAGAAAACCAAAAAUUUCAAUAAACAACAGGUGAUUAAAGGUAUGCAAAAGACUUUAGAGAUAGAAAAAGCCAAAUAUCUCAACCAUUUGGACAGAAAAGAUGGCAAUGGAAUGAAAUUGGUCUUUGGGCUUAAUGGAACUAACGAAAAGAGUAAUUAUGGGGCCCAAAUUGCCAAGACUUCCCCAAUAGUGACCUUCUUUUCUGCAAACUCUUUAGUUUCUGGUAUAGCAACUCCUAAUGGUGCCCUGCUUGUUGCUUCGGAGAGAUCAACCAUCAAAAAUCCCUCCAGAAAACCCCAAAUGGUCACUGCUUCUGGGGGAGAAUCCACGUACAGUACAUAUUCUACUAAAAAGAAAACUAAGGAAAAAAUCGAAAAAUUGUUACUGGACACCAGUAACUAUACCAGUGGUGAAGUUGAUGAGAGGACGUGUCGCUCUUUAUUGAAGAUUGCAUUACAUAAUGACAACAAUAAAAUCAGCUUGACGGAUUUGGUGGGCAUUGUAUCCUCUAGUACGAAAAAGUCACUUAAGGAAACUUUGAUUUUCCCAUUUUUGAGACCAGAUCUAUUUGACGGGCUAUUGUCAGAAACCGUCAAGAGCAUGUUAUUUUAUGGGCCUCCUGGUAAUAGACAAGGUAUGAUAGCAAAAGCGGUUGCCCGUGAAUGCAAGUGUGUCCCUUUAGUUAUUGAUACUGCUUCUUUAGUAACGCAUGAGAAAUUUGUGAAGUCUUUAUUUUUGCUAGCCAGAAAAAUGUCACCAAUAACAAUUGUGCUUGAAAACAUUGAUUUGUUAUUUGAAAGGAAGCCGGAAGUUGCUCGAGUGAAAGCCCGUUUUUUCAAAGAAUGGAAGCGCAUGCUCAGGCUUCAUACGGGCGGCAAAAAAAGUGGUACUAGUAGCUCUAGUAGCUCUAGUAGUACUCCAUUGAGUCCUGAUUUCAAUAUUGGUAGUGAUUGGAAACAAGAUGUUAGAGUUUUAUUAUUGGCCACCACCAAUAAACCAUGGGUCAUCGAUGAAGCUUCAUGUGAGAUGUUUGGCAAUAAGCAAUAUAUUGCCAUUCCAGAUUUUGAAACGAGAAACGCGUUUUUCAAGGACUUGGUCAAUACUCAGCAACAAUAUAGUCUCAAAGAUGUGGAUUUUCGAAUUUUAUCUACGAUGACUAGUGGUUAUUCCAUUGAUGAUAUGCUGAGAUUAGUCAAAGAAGCAUCUAUGGGACCGUUAAGACAAUUGGGAGAUGAUUUGAUAACCACUUCGAAACAAGACAUUAGGCCAGUUGGGAUGCAGGACUUUCACAAUGGGCUUAGAGUUGUGAAGAAGAGUGCCAGUAUGGACACUAUUCAGAGAUUUGAGAAUUGGGGUCACUAA